AGCGGCGCAGCCCGCGCCGGGCGCUGCUGAGAGACGCCCGGGCCUCGGUGCCGCGCCGCCAGUGCCUGCUGUGCCGGAGCCCCUCGCCCCGCCGGCCCAAUGCUCCUCCUCGGGCUGCUCCUGCUGACAUCUGCCCUGGCCGGCCGGAGGCAGGGGGCCGCCGCCGAGUCCGACCUCAGCAGCAAGUUCGCCUUCUCCGGCGCCAAGGAGCAGAACGGUGUGCAGGAUCCUCAGCAUGAGAAGAUAAUUACUGUGACUACUAAUGGAAGUAUUCACAGCCCCAAGUUUCCACACACAUACCCACGCAAUACUGUACUAGUGUGGAGAUUAGUAGCAGUAGAUGAAAAUGUAUGGAUACAGCUUACUUUUGAUGAAAGAUUUGGGCUUGAGGACCCAGAAGAUGACAUUUGCAAGUAUGACUUUGUAGAAGUUGAAGAGCCUAGUGAUGGCACUGUUUUAGGGCGCUGGUGUGGUUCCAGUAGUGUGCCAAGCAGACAAAUCUCCAAAGGAAACCAGAUCAGAAUAAGAUUUGUGUCUGAUGAAUAUUUUCCUUCUGAACCUGGAUUCUGCAUCCAUUAUACACUUCUUAUGCCACACCACACAGAAGCACCUAGCCCAUCAUUGCUACCUCCAUCAGCUUUACCGUUAGAUGUAUUGAACAACGCCGUUGCUGGAUUUAGUACUGUGGAAGAACUUAUCCGGUACCUUGAACCAGAUCGGUGGCAACUGGAUUUGGAAGAUUUGUACAGGCCAACGUGGCAACUUCUUGGAAAGGCAUAUAUUCAUGGGAGGAAAUCAAGAGUGGUCGAUCUCAACCUCCUAAAGGAGGAGGUGCGGCUGUAUAGUUGUACUCCUCGCAACUUCUCAGUGUCACUGAGGGAGGAGCUGAAGCGAACUGACACCAUCUUCUGGCCAUUGUGUCUUCUGGUUAAACGUUGUGGUGGAAACUGUGCCUGUUGUCAUCAGAGUUGCAAUGAGUGCCAAUGUGUACCAACAAAAGUCACCAAAAAAUACCAUGAGGUUCUUCAGCUGAAGCCAAGGAUUGGCGUCCGGGGAUUGCAUAAAUCAUUGACAGAUGUACCCUUGGAACACCACGAAGAGUGUGACUGUGUGUGCAAAGGGAAUACUGAAGGAUAAACAUGAUUUAAUUGUGCUGUUUUCUUUCAAAGCACAUUCAAUCAAUGGCUGAUUCUAUUAUGGGGCUUGUGCAUUAUCUCCUUCUCUAAUCUCAGUUGUUUGCUUUGGGGAUCUUCCAUCUUCAAGAUUUACAGUGAGCUCUAAAAAGAGGAGAAGCCAAACUGGGAUUAUAUGUUGUGUGACAGCUCUGUUUGGAGGCCCAGUGAAAGGAUGGGAGAAAGGCAUCAAUGAGGGAUUUAAAAUAUAUGUAUUGUUUUUGUCCCCCACAAUUUUCUUGACAAUACAUGGAUUUAUGAUUUAGGAGUAAAAAUAAAGUUAGAAGGCUCACAUCAUGGAGACUUGAUCCUGCUGGCUGUCUCAUUUCUACAGCUCCAGUACAUCUGGCCUCUGGUUGAAAACACCUGAAAUCUUUCUUUCUGUGUUCAACUACUCCUAUGUACUCUAAAUCGAAGCGUUCUCUGUUGUAUAAACUUGGGUUAAAACAGACUGUCUUGUUCCGAAUUAAACUUAGUUUGUCUAAUGCUGGUAGGAAGGACUGGAUUUUUGCAUAUGCUCUAGUAAAGCUCCUGCCUUUUAGAAAGAAGACUGGACAAUAAUGUGAGCUAAGGAAGCAAACAUUGAAAAGAACAGCGCCUUUAUACUUACUACUAUGGCUGAUGAUUUUUUGUUUGUUUGUUAUUUUUUAUUGUGUACAUUUUUAUACUCUCCUUUUGACAAUAUAACUAUUUGCUUUUCUAAACUUGUUAAAUAUAUCUAUUUUUACCAAAGGUAUUUAAUAUUCUUUUUUUAUUACAACCUAGAUCAACUAUUUUUUAGUUUUGUGAGACUUUAAAGCCAGAUUUAUACAGUUGGAGAAACAGAGAUGUGGUUACAAUGGGAAAGGAACGUGAUCUCUUUGCAGUUUGUUGCUAAACAGUGAAAAAAACCAGUUUUUUACCUGGAUGCACAGUAAUAAUAAAUAGAGAUGUGUGGAUGAAGCUCUAAGCUUGCUAGCUCCAUGACACUGAAAAUAAAAGAGACAGAUGUUACUAUAAGUGGUUUCAGAAGCUGACUUUAAAAAUUCCCUCUCUCCAUACUGGCCUUUGUUCAGGUAGAAAAGAAAUGAGCAUAGAUAGAUGCAUUCUGGCUUGUUUAACUCUUUAAUUUCUUUAAAGUAGGAUGAUCUACAAUGUAAGAAAAGAAGCCCAGUGUCUUGCAGCCUUUAUGAUGCAUCAUGGUCAUGGGAAGGCAGCCUUGUUAAUGUUGAAGUGUAUGGUUUUCCAUUGACGGUUAUAGCUGUUUAAGUGCUGUUCACUCACAGGAUCGUAACACUCUUCAGUACAGUUUGAUGAACUAUGGUUUUGUUCUUCUGUACGUUAUAUUCUUUAACCAGUACACUUAUCCCACCCUAUGCAAAUUGAAAAGGAAACAGUAAAGUAUUUGCUUGUAAAAUGCUUUAACAUUAUGCCUAGUUUAUUUUUUUGACUCUUGGAUUUGCAGAUUGUAAUGAAUCACCAAAUAAAGUAAUAAUGCUAAUUUUGGGAGAAUAAAUGUUUCUGUGUGAUUGCAUAUUUGUAUCUGUUCACUAUACAAUAACAGGAAAAGUUAGAGGGUGAUUUUCUUCUUACCAUUUUGAAAGUCAGCUAUGAAAACAAGAGUCU